GGCAGCCAAUGAGAAGCGGGCGGGAUUUUCAAAUCGUAAACCACUGACAGACGGGAGCGUUCGCGUUUUCAGGCGUCAUUUAUCAUUAAAUUAUCAAUCAGAGCCGAAUGUGUGUUUAAUCCUAGUUAUCGAUAUAGAUGAAUUAGAUAGUUAUUGAACACUACAGAGCGAGAGCGUCACUAAUUCGCGGAUUCAGACAGAAACUGUUUGAUGAGAAGUAAAUCGCGUCGCUUGUCAGAGAUCAGCGCGUGCGUUUGUAUCGAUCUCACGGAGUAUUGAUCAGAUAUCGACAGCAGAGAUGGGGGACGGGGUUCAGGUUCGGUCUGGCUAUGAGCGUCUGACCGCAGAGGAGAUGGAUGAACAGAGGAUUCAGAACGUGGCUUAUCAAUACCUGUGCCGUCUGGAGGAGGCCAAGAGGUGGAUGGAGGCGUGUCUGGAGGAGGAGUUACCUGCUCCCACUGAGCUGGAGGAGGCGCUGAGGAACGGCGUUUAUCUGGCUAAACUCGGCCACUGCUUCACUCCUCGCGUGGUUCCGCUCAAGAAGAUUUACGAUCUGGACCAGCAGCGCUACAAGGCCUCCGGGCUUCAGUUCCGUCACACAGACAACAUCAACCACUGGAGGAGCGCCAUGACGGAGGUCGGCCUGCCGACGAUCUUCCAUCCGGAGACGACGGAUGUGUACGACAAGAAGAACAUGCCCAGAGCCGUUUACUGCAUUCACGCGCUGAGUUUGUUCCUGUUUCGUUUGGGACUCGCGCCCCAGAUCCACGACCUCUGCGGGAAGGUCAGGUUCACAGAGGAGGAGAUCAAUAACAUGAAGCUGGAGCUGGAUAAAUACGGCAUUCAGAUGCCAGCGUUCAGUAAGAUCGGAGGAAUCCUGGCCAACGAGCUCUCUGUGGACGAGGCCGCAGUGCAUGCGGCUGUGAUCGCCAUCAAUGAGGCGGUGGACCGUGGCUGUGUGGAGGUCACAGGUCAAGCCCUGAGGAACCCCAGCGCCAUGCUGACCGGUCUGCUGGACACACUGGUGCCCGUCUAUCAGGAGAUGCUGCGGCAGGCACGGCUCCAGAAGGCAGCGCGAGCGCGGACACACGGAAACGGAGCCGCAGAGAAAGACAUCUACGAGGAAUAUCUGACGCAGAGAGAAAUACAAGACUCCGUCAACAGAGUCAACAGUGAGUCUGAUACAACACAUGUCUGGGUCACACUGCACCACAAAAUAAAAUAAAAAAAAUAUUGUAAA